CCUACAAUACAAGCCAUUCGCAGGCGCUCCCUCUGUACCGUCCGUCUCUCUUUCUCUCUUUCUCUCUUUCCUUUCGGAGUUCACAAAACCCUAGCAAUGGCGUCCGGUAAAGACGGGGACCCAACCCUUGGGUAUCUAACCCGAAAAGACACGGAGGUGAAACUCCCACGUCCGACUAGGGUUAAGAACAAAACUCCAGCCCCAAUUCAAAUAACAGCGGAGCAAAUCCUCCGCGAGGCCCGCGAGCGCCAGGAGGCGGAGAUACGCCCUCCGAAGCAGAAGAUCACCGACGCCACAGAGCUCGCCGACUACCGCCUCCGCAAGCGCAAGGAGUUCGAGGACGUAAUCCGCCGGGUGCGAUGGAACACCAGUGUCUGGAUCAAGUACGCGCAGUGGGAGGAGUCUCAGAAGGAUUUCAACCGCGCCAGGUCCGUCUGGGAGAGAGCUCUCGAGGUCGAUUACCGGAACCACACUCUCUGGCUAAAAUACGCCGAGGUCGAGAUGAAGAACAAAUUCAUCAACCACGCCAGGAAUGUCUGGGACCGAGCCGUCACGCUUCUGCCUAGGGUUGAUCAGCUCUGGUACAAGUACAUUCACAUGGAGGAGAUGCUCGGGAAUGUCGCCGGAGCUAGGCAGAUCUUCGAGAGGUGGAUGAACUGGAUGCCCGACAAGCAAGGUUGGCUUUCCUACAUCAAAUUCGAGCUCCGGUACAACGAGGUGGAACGCGCUCGGGCGAUUUACGAGCGAUUCGUGGAGUGCCACCCCACUGUCGGGGCUUGGAUUCGAUUCGCUAAGUUCGAGAUGAAGAACGGUGAAGUUGCUAGGGCUAGGGAUGUGUAUAGGAGGGCUGUGAUAAAAUUGGGCGAUGGCGAGGAUGCGGAGGAGCUAUUUAUGGCUUUUGCCGAGUUCGAAGAGCGGGGUAAGGAGAUAGAGAGAGCGAGGAAAAUAUACCAGAUUGCUCGUGAUAAUAUACCUAAAUCAAAGAUUGAGAACUUGCUCAAAAAGUAUGUUGCUUUUGAGAAGCAGUACGGAGGUAAAGAGGAGAUUGAGGAUGCCAUUGUGGGGAAGAGGAGGUUUCAGUAUGAGGAUGAAGUCAGGAAGAAUCCUCUCAAUUACGACACUUGGUUCGAUUACAUUAGACUUGAGGAGAGUGUUGGAAUAAAGGAGAGGAUUAGGGAGGUUUACGAGCGAGCCAUUGCUAAUGUUCCUCCGGCCGAGGAGAAGCGAUAUUGGCAGAGAUACAUAUAUUUGUGGAUAAAUUAUGCUUUAUAUGAGGAGCUUGAUGCUGGAGAUGUAGAGAGAACACGAGACGUGUACAGGGGGGGUCUUAAGCUCAUUCCUCAUGAAAAGUUCUCUUUUGCAAAAAUAUGGCUCCUUGCAGCGCAGUUUGAAAUACGACAAUUGAAUCUCAAAGGUGCACGCCAUAUCCUUGGCAAUUCAAUUGGUAGAGCUCCCAAAGAUAAGAUAUUUAAGAAGUAUAUCGAGAUUGAGCUUCAGCUCGGCAACAUGGAUAGGUGUCGGAAACUCUAUGAAAGGUAUCUAGAGUGGGCUCCAGAAAACUGCUACGCUUGGAGCAAAUAUGCUGAACUGGAAAAAUCUUUGUGCGAGACAGAGCGGGCAAGAGGCAUAUUUGAACUUGCAAUAGAUCAGCCAGCACUUGACAUGCCAGAAUUGUUGUGGAAAGCCUACAUCGACUUUGAAAUUUCAGAGGGUGAAUUUGAAAAAACCAGAGCACUUUAUGAGAGACUGUUGGAUCGGACAAAGCACCUGAAGGUGUGGCUUAGCUAUGCAAAAUUUGAGGCCUCUGCCAUGGAGGAUACUAGUAAUCCAGAUUUGGCAGAAGAGGAUAUGGAAGAGCAUCUCCGUGAGCAAAAGAAACUCUGCAUUCAACUUGCAAGAAGGAUUUUCGAGAAAGCAGUCAACUACUUCAGAACAUCAGCACCUGAACUGAAGGAAGAGAGGGCUAUGCUUCUGGAAGAGUGGUUGAACAUGGAGGCUUCUUUCGGUGAACUUGGUGAUGUUGGCCUCGUGCAGUCAAAGCUGCCAAAGAAGCUAAAGAAAAGGAGACAAAUUGUAUUGGAGGAUGGUCCUACUGGGUACGAGGAAUACAUAGAUUAUUUGUUCCCAGAUGAAACUCAGACCACGAAUCUGAAGAUACUAGAAGCUGCCUACAAAUGGAAGAAGCAAAAAGUGUCUACCGAUGAGGAUUAGGAAAGGUUGUGAAUUUUGUAGGUUUAUAUUUCUUUUUCUGUAAAUACAAAAGAACAUGUUUCUUGCUUAUUUUUGAGGAGAACCAACUGAUCAAUUUUCUUGUGAAAUUGUGCAAAAGACAAGAAAAAAGCGUCUUGUUGUAGCGGGUUUAGCAAUGAGAUUUUUAACUUUAUUGCUGAAUUUUGAGUUCAUUGUUCAAUUUCAGAAUUCCAAUCUUUCCAUUGAUCAAAUAAAUCAAUUGAUUAUUUGU